GAUAGCUUCAUAUCUCGUCUACGCACAUCUCUCUCUAACAUUCACAUCCAACCUAUUCAUAAUGUGUAUGAAGGCUACUUGCUCGUCCUGCAACAAGGCCACCUGGUGGGGCUGUGGUAGCCACAUCCCUUCCGUCAUGGAUUCAAUCCCCACAUGUGACUGGUGUACCUGCACGCCUCAGGUCGAGAAGGAUGGAAAGAAGUAUCCUCCCAAGGCCGCCAAGGCCGGUUGACUAUCUGAAUGUGUGAUCUGUUAGGAGUUCGUGUUGGGUGGAGUGGAGCCGUGUUAUAUGUUUUUUGUUAUAAAGAGAGCAUAUGAAGAAAUCCUGUUUCGAUUUUUUAGAACGCCAAGAUUGGAUGCAGCAAUGGAUAUACAGUUAUAUGUACCGAAUCAUCCCUGUCGGUGGGGCUUUCCUAUCUCAGCCGCUUGCUUGAGUUGAGGCUCACUAA